UUCGCAACGGUUAAGUUCUUCAGUAUUUAAAAGUGAAAGUGAAAUUGUCUCCCCCUGCCUCUCACAUACACUUAUGUGGGGGAGACUCUUCGAUAAAGUAGGAAUUAUGAAAUCAUGGCGAAAAUUAUAUCAACCAUCAAAGCGAUUUUAACUCGCAUUAUCUUCAGCGCCCAUAGCAUGAUUGCAAUUUGGCAGGUGACCGAGAAUAAAGGAGAGAUUAUAUAUUGGACACUUUGUGGACCUUUGUUCAUAUUAUUAUUGGAGGCUAUUUUUACGUUGAUGAUUAAGAAAACCCAAGAAUGGCGUUGGUUUUGCCCAUCAGUGUUUUUGUAUUUAGGCAGUAUAGUACCUGCAAUUUGGCUUCUGGAAUUGGAUAAAGUCGAACGCCGUUUAUCUGGUAAAUCUAAUACUGGAACAAAUGCCAGUGAUCAAUCACCACUCGAUAAAUUCGAUAACUUACUAGGCGAUACAGGCAUUGAUAUGCCUCAAAUAAAUGUUGAUACAUGGACUACUUUAAUUGAACAAUUUCUAAUGUUGAUUCUGAUUGUUGGACGUUGGUUACUUCCAAAAGGUGAUCUAACGCGGGAUCAACUAAGUCAGUUGCUUUUAGUUUAUAUCGGUACGGCUGCUGAUAUAAUAGAAUUUUUUGAUUCAUAUAAGGAUGAUUCCAUAGCCAAGAUACCGCUUUUGGUAUAUUUAACUCUUGGCAUUUGGUCAUGGAGUCUUUUACAAUUCACUAUUGUUUUAUCAGCGACUAGAGCACGUAGACCACGCGGCAGUGGUUCACAACAAAGCGAUGAUCCCACCGGUUGCUGCGACAACUGCUGCUGCGGAAUUGAUGUUUGGGGAAUUGUUCUCAAUGUUAUAUUACAGGAUGCGCCCUUCCUGACAUUUCGUCUACUCAUCAUUUUUCAAUAUAAAAUUAUUAAUUACAUGAACGUCUUUUUCACUUGCAAAAAUUCAUUGGUCAUUAUUUUGCAAUUAUAUCGACUUUAUGUUGUGAAUGCUGAGUUUUGGAAACAUCGUCGGGAACUCAAAAAUGCUUCAAAAUCUCGACAUUAUAAGUCACGACGAAGAGUACGCGAUGAAGAUGCAAAUAGUAUCUAUAUGAUAUCCUCCGAACGAGGCACGGAUAUGAAGAGAAAAAUUAAGAGAGCUAAAGACUAUGUAGAAGAUGAUUAUGAUCAUAAGAAAAAGGCGAAGAAAGACAAAAAAAAGAAACGGAAACGAAAGGAUACCGGUUACUCUACUGGCAGCUCCCAAAACCUUUACUCGACGAAAAUCGUACACGAGAAAGACUCAAGACGCAAGGACAAGAAAGGCAAAAAAUCUAAACGAGAUCGUAGCAGUUCUCCAAGUGGCAGUGAAAACGUGGAUGCGAAGAAAGGAAGGCGAAAUAAAAAUGCUGAUAAGAACGAUAAAAAAAAAUCAAAAAGAAUCGAAGCGGUUAUUGAAGAGUCAUUAAAUUCUAGUAAUUCAUCGGAUUCUAGUCACUCAACGCUACCUAGUUAUGAGGUCAUCAAUGAAAAGAAACAAAAAUCGAAACGACAUAAGCGCUCUUCAAGUUCAUCCAGCUCAACAGAUUCUUCAGAUAACUCGUCGUCCGAAUCGUCCUGAACUGAUGCAUAAGAGCUUAGGAGUAGAAGUCGUUAGAAAAUUUGUUAAAUCAAAUAAGAUUUUUUUGUAUUUGUAGUCCUAAAAAAUAGGGCUUUGAG